UGGGCGGGCCCUUGCGAUAGGAAGCGCUGUUGAAUCGUUCCGUUGCGUGUUGUCGAGCCGGUAUCUUUAAUGAUCGCUCGAAACCAGGUUUAUCGCUUUUUUCGUAGCGCAUUUAAGUAGUUAGACGCGUGUGUUUGGUUUUAGGAUGAUAUAUUUAAGCGGGCUUUCCGUGGCCCUGGCCCUGGCUCUGGUGCCGAGCUGCACAGAAGCUCUGAAGGAUGGAGAGUGUGAAGUCUGUGUGGGUUUCCUGCAGCGCUUUCACCAGACGCUUCAAGACAACGACGUCCAGUUCAGCAGCGACUCCAUCGAAAAGGCCCUGCUGAAGUCUUGCAAGGAGGCCAAAGGAAAAGAAAACCGAUUUUGUUAUUAUAUAGGGGCAACAAGCGACGCAGCGACAAAAAUAAUCAAUGAAGUUUCCAAACCGAUGAGUUACCAUGUGCCGGUGGAAAAGAUCUGUGAAAAGCUCAAAAAGAAGGACAGUCAAAUCUGUGAACUCAAAUACGAUAAACAAGUGGACUUGAGCUCCGUCGACCUGAAGAAGCUGAAAGUGAAAGACCUGAAGAAGAUUUUGGAGGAAUGGGGCGAGUCCUGCAAAGGCUGCGUGGAGAAGUCCGACUUCAUCCGUAAGAUCAACGAGCUGAUGCCCAGGUACGCUCCGAGCGCGGCCAGGGCACGGACAGAUCUGUGAGGCCCCCGGGAGCCGCGGGGCCGAAGGACGAUGAGCGAGCGCCUGACCGCGGGGCGUUUUAACACGUGCUCCGGGAGAACGUCAAGAAACCCAACGCACUUCCGUGAAAACACCACCUUUCGUUUAUAAGUUGCCAUGUGUUCGUUCCGACUAACGUCCAGCACGCCUCCUGACGCUGCGGGAAACCUGUCUGACACACUUGAGUUUGAUUUUACUUUCUGUUCUUUAUCUUUUGAGGGCGUAGACUUUCCUAGUUGGCACCUUAUAUGAAAUCUUCAAGAUGCGCGGGUCGGUUUGAGUGGACUUUGUUGUAAAAUGUUUAAUACAGUUAUACUGUCUUUUUCAUUAAAAGAACAAAAGAA